UUGUCUCGGAAGGAUGAAAGUGCAAAGAGCGGCAGGUCUGUCUCUGAUGUCGGUGUUGCAUCGAGUUCUACCCUCUUUCAUCUGCUUGCAGACUUCCUGUUUAAGUUCCUGGUGAUUGGCAGCGCGGGGACGGGGAAAUCCUGCCUCCUCCACCAGUUCAUUGAGAACAAGUUUAAACAGGAUUCCAAUCACACCAUUGGCGUGGAGUUCGGUUCCAGGGUGGUCAACGUCGGCGGGAAGACGGUCAAACUGCAGAUCUGGGACACGGCCGGGCAGGAGCGAUUCCGGUCUGUGACGCGCAGCUACUACAGAGGAGCAGCCGGGGCGCUUCUCGUCUAUGAUAUCACCAGCCGGGAGACGUACAACGCCCUGACCAACUGGCUGACGGACGCGCGGACGCUAGCGAGCCCCAACAUCGUCAUCAUCCUGUGCGGCAACAAGAAAGACCUGGACGCAGACAGAGAGGUGACCUUCCUGGAGGCCUCGCGCUUCGCCCAGGAGAACGAGCUGAUGUUUCUGGAGACGAGCGCCCUGACGGGGGAAAACGUGGAGGAGGGUUUCCUGAAAUGCGCCCGCACCAUCCUCAACAAGAUAGAUUCAGGUACGCUCGGUUUGUUCCAAAGAUAUGUGUCGGCCGUGUUGUCUGCGUUCCUGACGUGUCCGGUUUGCGGUCCACUUUCAAGGCGAGCUGGACCCAGAGAGAAUGGGCUCGGGGAUCCAGUACGGAGACGCGUCCCUGAGGCAGCUGCGGACACCCAGAGGAACGGCCACGCCCAGCAAGCAGCCGUGCAACUGCUAGUGACGGGGGCCGCCCCCGCCUCCGCCCGCAAGCCCACACGGACCAGACCACCCCCACAGGUCAGCGGCCGGCCCCGGAACCUCGGGCCGCGGAGGGAAGGGGGGCGGAGCCUUCAGACGCGUGCUGACUCUGCAUUUCUCUCCUCCAGCUCCAGGUGUUUUGCGCAUCUCCUGAGGGGGGGGGGCGGCUGGGCCCCUGCAUCCGGACAGGCCGCCCCCCCCACAGCGCGACCCGACGGAACCCUGCAAAAGAGACGACCCCUUCCCCAACUCAGGUUGGAUCAUGGCAGGUCGCGCGCGCUCUUCGCUAGCCUCACGAUCAGGCCACGAAAAAGAGAAAACCAGGGAGAUUCCGCCGAAGCGCGGCUUCCCCUUCCCCUUGAAACGCCGACCACUUGGUCAGCGCGUUCACAGAGCUCCGUCCCUCCGGCCGAGGCCCCGCCUCUGUGUGGAUCACUGACAGCAGGUCGCCAUGACCCGGGUCAGAGCAGAGCAAACCUGCUCCUCACGUCCACGUCCCGGAGUGUUAGCAUGCGUUCCUCCAGCCAAAACAUAUGUUAA